CCACUUGAACAACCAAGUCGUUUUUGAGCGCAUUCCCCGUCAGCAAAUGUGGAGGGAAAGACCACGGUCGAACUACCCGAAAAUAUCGAUUUUGCACCGGAUAUAAUUUCAGUUCGUGUUUUGAACAUACGAAGGUUAGUUAUAACAAGGUAAACUUCCUCGAACUAAAUAUAGUUUUGGUCGAAACUAUAUUUACUAACGAGAGAGUGACCUGAGAAAGAAAGCAGUAGAUGUGGUUCGAGUUCCAUGCUUAUAAUAAGACAUAUUUUGUCUGUCGAAUUGUAACUCACGUAUGGAUGGAUUUUAGGAGGUGAAAUUGGACGUCAGUCUUCAAUUUCAAUUGGUUCGUACCCAGUUUGUUUGCCUGUGUGCGUUUCAGGAAGAAUAUCGAAGUUGCAUUCUUCAGCACCCAUACAGAGGGAGAGUGGCUACAGGUAACCGACUGGGAAGAGUGAAGAAGAUACUUUGCGAAAUUGUUUUAUCCGGAUAUUGACGCCGAAAUUAAAACAGUUGUAUUUGGUGGAUUAUUGGAGCUCAUCAACAUGGAAAAGUGGGAGAUUCAGUAUAUCAAAAUGGAGAUGUGAAAACGUGGCAUUUGUUUUCACACUGUCAGUGUUGUUUAUACUACUGCGCAAACUGGACUUUUCUUCUUUGCAAAUUGACUAUUUCGGAUUGUUGGAGCGAUCGCGCCUUCUUGCCAACUUUAUCAGGGAGAAACUUUUUAUCCACAAAAUGCCACAACUUAACGGGGGCGGCGGCGAUGAUUUAGGGGCGAAUGAUGAAAUGAUAUCAUUCAAAGAUGAAGGGGAGCAAGAGGAAAAAAUAUCCGAAAAUGUAUCAGCCGAGAGGGAUUUGGAUGAUCUGAAGUCUUCUUUAGUAAACGAAUCGGAAAACAACAGUAGCUCAUCAGACUCCGAGCAAGCAGAGAGGCGCCCUCAACCAAGACCAGACUUAGACAGUUACGAGAAAACCAGGGAUUACUUUAGUGAAGCAUUCAGAAGACAGCAAGAUGGUGGCUUUUUCAAGAGUCCCCAUUAUCCUGGGUACCCGAUUUUCAUGAUCCCAGAUCUUACCAACCCCUACCUAUCCAAUGGGGCCCUGUCCCCUAGCGCAAGAACGUACCUGCAGAUGAAAUGGCCUCUACUGGAUGUCCCUGGAGCUGCUGGACUCAAAGACUCCCGCUCCCCCCCCCCAGGACACCUAUCCAACAAGGUCCCAGUGGUGCAGCAUGCUCACCACGUCCACCCGCUGACACCCCUCAUCACCUACAGCAAUGAACACUUCUCCCCCGGAACCCCUCCCUCACACCUCUCCCCGGAGAUCCUUGACCCAAAGACCGGCAUUCCUCGGACUCCCCAUCCAUCAGAGCUCUCUCCGUACUACCCCCUGUCUCCAGGUGCUGUGGGACAGAUCCCUCACCCUCUGGGAUGGCUGGUGCCACAGCAGGGCCAGCACAUGUACUCUAUCCCCCCGGGGGGGUUCCGGCACCCCUAUCCCACCCUCGCAAUGAAUGCAUCUAUGUCCAGCUUGGUGUCCAGCCGUUUCUCCCCCCACAUGAUGCCCCACCACCCCCACGGCAUGCACCAGACUGGUAUCCCUCAUCCUGCUAUCGUAUCACCAGCCAUCAAGCAGGAACCAAACACUCAUGACCACAUGAGCCCCUCUAUGCAUUCCAGAAAGUCUCCCGGCCCGGUGAAGAAGGAGGAGGACAAAAAGCCCCACAUCAAGAAGCCUCUGAAUGCCUUCAUGCUGUACAUGAAGGAGAUGAGGGCCAAGGUGGUGGCUGAGUGCACCCUGAAGGAGAGCGCUGCCAUCAACCAAAUACUGGGCCGAAGGUGGCACUCACUAUCGAGAGAAGAGCAAGCCAAAUACUAUGAGCUGGCAAGGAAAGAGAGGCAACUCCACUCCCAACUCUACCCAGGCUGGUCAGCACGAGAUAACUAUGGAAAGCGGAAAAAGAGGAAGAGAGAUAAUAAGCCAGACUCAACACCGGAGGACUUCUCAAUCAGUAACAAGAAGCAGUGCGUACAAUACCUGCCCUCAGAGAAAAUGUGUGACAGCCCUGCCUCGUCUCACGGCAGCAUGCUGGAUUCUCCAGCCACACCCUCUGCAGCUCUGGCCUCCCCGGCAGCUCCCGCCGCCACACACUCAGAGCAGGCCCAGCCCUUGUCCCUCACCACCAAACCAGAAGGACGCCUGCACCACCAUUUUCUAACUGGCAAACCCUCUGGAUCUGCUUCAUCUUCGUCAUCUUCAUCCUCUUCCUCCUCCUCUUCCCACCCAAGCAUCUCCAUCCCUAUUGGUACUUCAGGCAGCCACUCCACACCCAUUCUCCCUCGGCCAAUCCCCUUCAGCUCCCUGCACCACUCAAUGCUCUCACCGCCCUCUCCUUUCCAUCAAGCGGCCCUACAUUCCCAUCAUGCCCUCUUCCAGUCACAGCCCCUCUCCUUGGUAACCAAAUCGUCUGACUAAAUCUACAAAAGCAAUUAUUUUUUUUCUCUUUUAUUGUGCUGUAUAUUGCUUUUACUUUUCAAAAAAUAGAUAUUAGAACUUUUUUUUAAAUGAUGAAAAGGAAUAAAUAUUAUUGGUCAAUAUUUGAUCCCAUCCUUUUCUACUCCUCUCCAUUGAAACAAAAUGUAUUUUUUGUAAAGUUUACUGCAGAACAGGUUUCUUUUUUUGAUGCAUUUAUCCAAUAAACUACUUGUAUGAAAGAAAAUUAAGAAAAGGAACAAAAAACACCCUCUCCUUUUAGCCAAAACAUUCUUAAUGUUAGUAUUGAAGUUUGAUUUAUAGUUCUGGACAAUAAUUUCAGUCCUUGCAAAUGCCCCUUUUAAAUUCCCAAGAGUGUGACUUUCUUUUGACAUGUUAAAUAAACCUUUGA